AUGGAUAAUCAAUAUUACCCGGGCAAUCAAUCAUAUCGAUCUACUCAAAGUCAAGGGACCAGUGAAGGACUAUAUACACCAAUGACCUCUUCUCGACCAAUCGUCACUCAUUAUACCUAUCCACAACAAUCAGAAACAUCUCGAACUAUUCAUGCCAACGGUGAAUAUUCAAAUAAUCAAAGAAUAAAAUAUUGGUGGGAACCAUCUGGACCUUUUAAGCCAUAUAGAACCACAUAUCAAGAUUAUGGUCCUGGAACAAAUCUAAGCUAUCGAAGACCCAAAAAUUAUUUAACUCAACCUUAUAUUUACCAUGAUCCCCACGGUGUCUUGCGUCCACCUGUGACAGAUACAGAUCCAAAUAAAUAUGCCUACGAAGUACCACACAAACUUGAUGCGAGUCCAUACGCAUCGGUGAAUGCUUCACCUAGACGAACAUAUUAA